AUGGGACAGCACACGGCGAAUUUCGAGGCGUUAUCGUCGGUUGCGGAGCUAAACGACCGUAUCGACACGUUGCGGCUCCAGGAAUCUGUUUCCCAGACCGUCGAGAGCCAGAUGGAGGUCGAGAUGGAGGUCUUGAAACUGUAUGAGGAAGUUCUGAAAGCCGGACCGGAGGGAUAUCCUGCUCUCAAUCGAAAACGGACCUCAAAGUAUGUGGAAACGUUCUUGACCCGGCCGUUACCCCCACCAUUUGUGCAAUUGGAAGCUUCUCAAACGUGGGUGGUUUACUGGCUAGUCAACUCAAAAGUGCUGCUAGGCGGCGAGGUCUCCGAGGAAUUGCGCGAGGCAGUCGGGCAGAAGAUACUGGAGUGCGUGGACCCGCGAUCUGGUGCUUUAGGUGGCGGGUCUGGCCAAAUCGCACACAUGGCCAGCACAUAUGCCGGACUCCUGGCUUUGGCAGCUGCCGAGAGCUACAAAGCGUUGGAACACCUGGACAGAACACGGAUCUACCACUGGCUGCUCUCCAUGAAACAGCCUGAUGGGUCUUUCAUAAUGCACAACAACGGAGAGGCCGACACACGGGCUGUGUACUGUGCGCUUUGCAUUGCACAGCUGCUCAACAUCAUGGAUGAAAAAUUGGUGGAGAACACGGCGGAGUGGAUUGCCAGCUGCCAAACUUACGAAGGGGGGUUUUCAGGAGCACCGGGCGACGAGGCGCACGGAGGGUACACAUUUUGCGCGGUGGCAGCUCUUUCGAUCCUGGACAGUCCAGAGAGCCUGGGUUCUGUGAUCGAUCUGGACAAUCUCGUCAGUUGGACCGUACAACGCCAGUAUGGAAUUGAGGGGGGACUGAGUGGGCGAACCAACAAACUUGUGGAUGGGUGCUACAGUCACUGGGUGGGGGGACUGAGCCCGUUUUUGGAGGUAGCCACGGGGCGCAAAGAGGUGCUGGACCGCACCCACCUGCAAAACUACAUCCUGUGCUGUUGUCAGGACGACCCUGCUGGUUUGCGGGACAAACCAGGUACCCGCGCAGACUUUUACCAUACCAACUACGUUCUGUGCGGACUUAGUAUGACACAGCAUUACCAAAAUUAUAAGGACGGUAAGUUCGUUGCCGAUCAGAUAGCCAGCACGUCCAGCUUGGUGGAACCAAUCGAUCCCAUAUACGGCGUGCGAAGCGAUCUGGCGCUAAAAUUGGCACAGUUGUAUAGAUAG